ACUAGUAGUCAGACAGCUCCUGCCUCACACAGCACAAGUCUACAGACCCCCAGACACUGCACCAUGGCUCCAUGCAGUGUGAGGACCCUGGAUCAUCAGGCUGGUGGCCAACUCAGAAAGCUGAGGAAACCGGUGAUCGAGAAGAUGAGGAGAGACCGGAUUAACAGCAGCAUUGAGCAGCUGCACAUCUUACUGGAGAAGGAGUUCCAGAGACAUCAGCUCCCCUCCAAACCUGAGAAAGCCGAUAUCCUGGAGAUGACGGUCACCAUCCUGCAGCGCCACAUGGCGGAGAGAAAUGUCACAGCCUCCAGCCAGGCCCAGAGAGAAGGCUUCUCCACCUGCGUCCAGGACUCCAUCACCUUCCUACCAGUUCAGAAUCAACAGGACAACAAGAAUAUCAGAUACUUUAAUGAACACAAUGUAUCCUAUGAGUUGUCCACUAUGAUGACCUCUAAUGAACAAAGUCUAUUUACUGGCAACAGGAGCAAAUCCAUUUGGAGACCAUGGUGA